AUGGCUCUGGCAUGUCCAAAAGUCCUCGGCCAAUCUGCAAAGCCGUGCUUGAAGCUCCCGUUUAUUCGACAACGGCGUGCCGCCUUCUUUCAUACUGCUCCAAGCGGAUCUGAGGAUCAAUCCAAGAAUCUUCCAGAGUCGGCAGACAAAAAAGAGAAAUCAGAGAAUCUCAGGAGAACCCAGAAGAGCAUGGCAGAGGUUGAUGAAGAGAUGCGCAAGGCUAUGGAGAAUUUGGCUGGCGAUGGCGGAGAAGCCGGUGUCGAGCUAGAAGAUGGGAAGCCCGUCGCGAUGAAAAGAGGGGUCCGAGAAAACAUGUUCAGGUACAUUUGA